AUCCUCCUCCUUUUUCUUGUUCCCCCUUGCUGAUAUCCUCUAUUACUAGUAUAAGAAGGCAGUGUCGUACGCCAAGAUUGAAGGCUCAAUUCUUCUCUCUUUUAGUUUCAUAUUUUUAACCGCAGCUUGAAGAUGGAGAAGCUUAAUUUUGUGAAGGACGGUGUGCUAAGAUUGCCUCCUGGGUUCCGGUUUCAUCCCACGGACGAAGAGCUAGUGGUUCAGUACUUGAGAAGAAAGGUGCUUGCUUGGCCUUUACCUGCCUCCAUCAUUCCUGAAGUUGAUGUUUGCAAAGCCGAUCCUUGGGAAUUGCCAGGUGAUUUGGAGCAAGAGAGGUACUUCUUCAGCACCAGGGAAGCCAAGUAUCCGAAUGGGAAUAGAUCCAAUAGAGCCACACUUUCAGGUUAUUGGAAAGCAACUGGAAUCGACAAACAAAUCGUGAUUUGUAGGGGCAACCGAGUUGUUGGUAUGAAGAAAACCCUGGUUUUUUACAAAGGAAACCCCCCGAAGGGAACUAGAACCGACUGGAUAAUGCAUGAGUAUCGUCUCCUUAGCGCCGAGACAGCAGACUGCAAUGCGGUGGCAGUGGGAAAUUGGGUGUUGUGCCGGAUAUUUUUGAAGAAAAGAAGUGGUGGUGGUACUAAAAACGACAAGGGAGGAGGUGAAGCAAGGACAAUGAGGCCUGUUUUCUAUGAUUUCCUGACCAAGGAGAGGACCCGCUUAAAUCUCGCAUCUUCAUCGUCCUCCUCCUGCUCCAGUGGGAUCACUCAUGCCUCAAACAAUGAAACGGACGACCACGAAGAAAGCAGUGGUUGCAAUAGUUUUCCGUAUUUCAGAAGAAAACCUUAAAAACAAC